UCUUUGAUAGGCUAUAGACAAACAUAUGGUAAAGGUGUGUGUCCUAGAGAUUGACAUCUCCCAAACAAGUCACUGCUACAGAGGAGGGCUUCAGGACAUGUCUGUCACUGUUGACAGCAGAAAUAUGGAUCUCACAAGCUUUUUUGGCAUGGAUUACGAAAACAGCCUGGUGACAGGGGACUACAACGACUACAACGACACUUCCACCGGAGGCUACGAGCUCAUUGAGCUUUGCGAAGCCAGCGAGCAACAGCUGACCAUCAAGGUCUUCCAGACCUGUGUCUUCCUCCUGGUUUUUCUCCUGGGCCUGCUCGGCAACUCCCUGGUCAUCGCCACCUUUGUUCUCUACCGCCGCCUGCGUCUCCGCUCCAUGACUGACAUCUUCCUCUUCCAGCUGGCCUUAGCCGACCUCCUCCUACUCCUUACCCUGCCCAUCCAGGCUGGGGACACCCUCCUGGGCCACUGGGCCUUCGGCAAUGCCCUGUGCAAGGCAACGCAUGCUAGCUACGCUGUCAACACCUACAGCGGGCUGCUGCUGUUGGCCUGCAUUAGUGUAGACCGCUACGUGGUGGUGGCUCGGACCCAGGAGGUGCUGAGGCUACGUAGCCGCAUGCUGACGGGUGGCAAGCUGGCCUCGCUGGGCGUCUGGCUAACCGCCCUGCUACUUAGCCUGCCCCAGAUCCUCUUCUCCGGGGUGGAAAGAGAACAGGGGGGGGCGCACUGCGGCAUGAACGUGUGGGUGGAGGAGAGCUGGCGGGUCAAGACGGCCACCCGCUGCACCCAGAUUGCCGGCUUCUGCCUGCCCUUCCUUGUCAUGGUAGCCUGCUACUCGCUGAUUGGCCGAGUGCUGUGUGAGGGGCGGGGGGGCUGGAGGCGCCAGCGGACCCUGAGGCUGAUGGUGGUGCUGGUGGCCGUCUUCCUGCUCUUCCAGCUUCCCUACACCGUGGUGCUCUCCCUCAAGGUGGCAGGGCCAGGGGCUGCCAAGCAGACUUGCAAUCAGUGGGCUGCCACACUGCUGAGGGAGUAUGUGACUUGCACCCUGGCAUAUACCCGCUGCUGUCUCAACCCCCUCCUCUAUGCCCUGGUGGGUGUCCGCUUCAGGGGCGACGUUCUGAAGCUGCUCCACGGCGUUGGCUGCCUGUGCUGGGCCGUGUCUGGGCCUCACCUGGAGAGCUGUACCUCGGGGUCACCCUCCUCCCUGGGCUUAACCACGCUCUCCCCCCUGCCGCCCACCUCACCUCUGCUCCUACCCCCCGACACCCUGGCACACAGCAUCAAAUAUCAGCCUCCAACAGCAAGCCAUCCCUCUGGCCCGACCAAGGUGUUUCUCUUCCCUAGUAGGCCUACCCUGCCCUCAGAUGGCCUGCUUCAGUCCUCCAAAACCAAACCGGUCUAAACCAAUCUUUGUAUAGCUUGUGUGAUCCUUAUCAGGACUCACUUUUAUAUUUCAUGUUAAGAUUUGCAUUAAUCGAUAAUUAAUUCUAUUCAAUUGUAUUUCACUUUAGUGUCCACUUUUAUAAUAUAUCUUAUGCGCAUUAAUUGUGUAUUACUGUAAUCAAGCAGUGCUUGUGGGACUGUGACUGUAUGUUUCCACUUGUGACAGCUCUACCUGAA